CAUUUGAACAGGUGCCAACUCUCGCACUCACUCCUCCUCCUCCUCCUCAUCGCACACUUUUACAUGUAAACACAGAAAAGGGCUUAAAUGAAGCUACAGAUCUAUAAAAGACCCUCAAAUACCUGCACACUGGUACCGCUGAUUACACACAGGUCGUGGUGAUAAGAUGAAGGCCAUGCAGGUGAUUUCCUUGACUCUGCUGUCUGUUCUUGCAGCCAGCGCCCAGGUUUUGAAGUUUGGCAAAUGUCCCAAACCAGCUGUUCAGGCCAACUUUGAUGCUACCAGGUACAUCGGUAAGUGGUAUGAGAUCCAGAAGUUGCCCACGUCCUUCCAGAGAGGUGAGUGCGGCACUGCUACCUACAGCCUGAAGAGCCCUGGUGUCAUCGGAGUCCUCAACAGAGAGCUGCUCGAUGAUGGAACCAUUAAUUCUAUUGUGGGCUCUGCCAAAGUCAAGGAUCCUGCAGAGCCUGCCAAGCUCGAGGUCUCCUUCUAUGAAACAUCUCCCCCCGGUCCUUACUGGGUGCUGUCCACCGACUAUGAGGGUCACUCUCUGGUCUACGGCUGCACAGACUUCGGCCUCUUCCGCAUGGAGCUGUCUUGGAUCCUGAGCAGAGAGCCCACCUUGCCUGAGGAGACCGUGGAGGAGCUGCACAGCAUCCUGUCCUCUGUUGGCGUCAAUGUGGACAAGAUGGUCCCCACCAACCAGGACGAGACUUACUGCAGAACCAUGAACCAUUAAAUUCUCCUAUUUCAGCCAGCGAGAGUGUGGCUCAGGCCGACUUGGAGUUGUGACAUGACAUCACUGUACGCAGUGCGUUGCGUAUCUCCCCUGUCGAUGUGUUCUGAAAGUCAGUGGAAUAAACAUGUAAAAAGAAAAGCA